CUCUGCCCCACCUAACACUCAAUAAUCUCUUCUUUCCCUUUUCCAACCCCAUCCUUUCUGCCGUCAUGAUCAAUCAGUGGUUUCUUUUUCUUCGUCCGUAGCGACACACUUCUGCGAACGAUAAUUGUACAAUCCCCAUGAUGAGUGACCCGGCGUCCGAUGAGCCCGAGGGCUUUCCCUCACUGGAGGAAGAGACACUACAACACCUCGAAGGGAAGGUGUAUAUCGUCGGCGCCAACGAGUACGGUCUAACCCGUCUCGUUGGGGAAAGCAUGAACGUCUACCACCGAUUGCGACGCGCAGUGUUUUGGGCGACCAGGAACAGCGACGGCCUCGAGGUGGUCGUCAAAUUCUUUAUUGAACAACACCCCAUCCUCACCACCGUGAACCCACAUCGGGGCAUCUUCAACCGUCUCGGGCGCACCGCAAUCGAAGACGAAUUCCAAGCACUCGAGGCCGCGGAAAACGUGAACGGCGUCCCCCACAUUCUCGAUCGUAGUCGCAGCGGCGGCGAGGUGGUGCAAGGCCCGGAGUUUGAGUAUUCCGGGGGCAAGCUGGACAUCGUGGCUAUGACCCGGCUGCCUGGAUAUCCGCUGAAUUCCUUUGAAGGGCGGCUUGAGCCGUGGGAAGUGGAUCAUGUCAAGGGUGAAGUGCUGCGGAUUGUCAGGGGGAUUUGCUCUCUCGGACGCGCAUAUCCCACCUCUCAUCGCGGGUUCCCUAUCAGCGAGAACACCAAUGUUAUCGAGCAGUUGGGGAGGGAUAUUUGGUGGUUUUACGGACAAGCUCGAGGUUCUUGA